UAAAAUUCUGCCUGGGUGCUGUAUAAGAGUAAUGUAUAUGUAGUAUCACAUGGUCAGGGUGUCCUCAGGCGGCUGGUUACACACAUGAGCUAGGUAUACAGUAUCUUUCAGCCUUGUAACAUCCCAUCCCACGAUUGGUCGGUUAUACAAGGUCUCUCUGGAUCGUUACUGAGGUGCGCUUCUUAGCAUUACCCAGCGCCGGGUAAGAUAGCUGUGGAGCGCUAAGCACGCGGUAUCCGAUGCCGCGGACAUCUUCGACUACCAGGCAGCAUGUGCAGUCACUCGCCCAAGUCUCGAUGCGGUGAUAUCUAGUCCGUCGAGAGGCUAUAUAACUCGUCCUGAUCAACGAAACGCACACAACGAGUCGGCUUCGUCCUGCUCUAUCGAUGUUAGGCGUCGCAAGUCGCCGCGCUGCGGCUGACGUGGCUGAGCCAACAAACUUGGCGAAUGAGAAUGACUCAACUGUGUUUGUGGUGCGAAGACAAUAGCGUUCACCGACAACAGCUUUCUUUUUAUUCCUUUGUUGUCGUGAGCCAUAUUAUACGGCGGACAGAAUUCUAUUGUUGGGUAUUCAACCGCGGAUUAGUGCUAGUAGCUAAUACCCAAUAUCAUAUCUAACUGAAUUUCGCCUAUUAAUACUGACAUUACACCGGCCGUCACGAGAAUUACGGAUUCAUCUACUACGAUGGCAGUUUGUCUUAGCUCGCUGGGUCUCCGGGACUCCAACAUUGCUCACAUCAGAUCACUACUCCCAAGCGCCAACAGUGUCCUGAACUUCCCACCCGACGUCGUCAGGCGCGAUGCUCAGAGCACCCGGGUCGUAAUUCACCCUCGGUUCAUGAGUCUCGUCGAGUCGUUCAUUUCUCACAAGAAACAGCACGGCAGCAGCUACGAGAAAAGACUUUACCAAGAUGGUUUCACCGCCAGGCAACAAAUAGCCAGGCUCAUCGAGAAGCGGCCGUUAGUCUUCAUGGGCAUGAACGAUCAUACCAUGCUUCGCAAUGGCCAAAUACUCCCGGAAGACCCUAGGAGAGAAUGGGACCGAGUGGGGACCGAGGAACAGGGCCAGAAUCAGGUGCUCUCUCUAGAUGACUACCUGAGCUACGACGAAAUUAUGCUGUCGAGUCUCAUCGGUGUCAGUAGCCCGAGCUUUUUCAUCAACGACGGCCGGCGGUCCAACAGCGCCGUGCCGCAAGUGGCGGGGACCUUUGAGGACCGGGGGAUAAUCAUCGGCCUGGUCGGGGCGCGCUUCGAGCGCCCGAACCGGAUGGACGCCGACCUCAUCCAGACGAUCGCCGGGACGCCGAGGAUGCACGAAGAGCUGCGAAAGCUGUUCUUUGAGUUCUUCGGCCUGGGCAUCAGGGGCCUGGCCCGGUAUAGCUUCGACGACGAGGCCUACGUAGCGCGGAUGCGGAUCCCGCUCGAGAUGCUGCUCUUCGAGGCGAACGACCGGGCGCGGGAGGCGGGCUGGACCGCGUACGUGUAUGUGGUCGGGCUCGGACUCGGGGUCUGGAGCGUCAGCGCGAGGCAAAAAGAGUACUUCCUGGAAGCGUUCUGUGCAGCGGCGACGGCGGCUCGCGGCCGGCUCGAACACGUCGGCACGGUCGACUUCGCGUACUUGGGUGACGUGACGGGAGAGAUGCGGUGGCGCAUCAGCGUGACCUGUGCGCGGGCCGGUAUGGCGGUCAAGUUUACGCAGCGCAAUCCGGCAGCGCCGCUGGUCGGCGAGGACGCCGGUCGCCUGCUCGUCGUCUCGUACGCCUGGGACGGCAACGCGUUCCCCGGCAACGAGUACUGGCAGGGCUUGCUCACCGGCUCGGGCGACCCGGCGGCGGCGUGCAUGAGCACCAUCGCCGAACUCCACAACCCGCUCGUCAAUCCCGACUUUGUGUCGAGGAUCCAUGUGGCGGGCGUUAACUAAGGCUGCCGCCUGCCCAACGCGCGGUUCCUCGUACCCAGCUGGAGUGAUCCCGUAGGCGAGUAACCGACAGGGUUAUUUAUACCCCUCACCUUCCCCUCACUCUCCGUGAUGGGGAUUCCUGUACACGUAAGGUCACCAUUUUCCUCUCUUUGUUCCCGUAGUACCCCUCCCCAUAGGCUUAGCCCAUGU